AUGGCAACCCACCUCACUAUCCCCCAUGCUCUCAAGUCUCUCACAGAACUUCAUCAAGAGCUCGAUGGCCUCCGCAUCGAGAUCGAGAUGCGGCACAUCCACCUCGGCAGCACUCUCAGGCAGCGCUACAUCACCGACCACAAGUUCACCCUCCUUUGUACCCGCAUGUUCCACGCCGGUUACGACAAGGAAACUGGUCUUACCCGCCUCGGUGACCAGGAGACUCAGCCGAUCAUUUCCAUUCUCAGCCGCAUUGAUCGCUACGCCAAGCAAAUUAAGUUAAUCGAUCGUCUUAGGAGGUUUACUGGUCAGAUUUACGAAAGCCUAAAGAGUAUGGAGAGGGAGUUGCUGGAGGCGAUUAAGACUGCGGCGAAUAUCAUUGAAGCGCAAGAACUGGCCGCGUAUGAGACUGAAGUUGAAACAGAGCGUGAAGAAGCUCAGGUUCAGGAUACGGAGGAGGAGUGGAGCUUGAUGGAUUGA